AUGACAACAUUUCCUCAGGACUGCAAAAUGAGAGCAGUAUUUUGCUUCAUUUUUGUGAACAUUUGGCAAGUUGUUGCUGGGCAGAUUCACUACUCUAUUCCUGAGGAAACAGGAAAAGGUUAUUUGGUGGGAAACAUCGCAAAAGAUCUGAAGCUGGAAAUAAAGGAGCUCUCACACCGCGGAGUCCGCCUUUUCUCCUCAGGUAGGACUCAGCAUUUUGCUUUAAAUUACAAGAGUGGACAUUUAUACACUACAGAGAGAAUAGAUAGAGAGGAGAUCUGUGGAUGGGUGGAAAAAUGUGUCCUGAAUUUUGAGAUCAUAGUUGGGGAGUCAAUGAAAGUUUAUGGAGUCAGAGUGGAAAUAACAGAUAUUAAUGAUAAUGCUCCAAAAUUCCAUUCAGAGAAAAUGGAGCUCAAAAUCAGCGAGUUAACUCUACCAGGAUCGCAGUUUCCACUCUACGAAGCUCAGGAUCCCGAUUUAGGAAACAAUUCUCUCCAGGGCUACAAGCUCAGUAGCAAUAGCUAUUUUCCCCUCAAUAUGCAAACAACAGUCAAUGGCAGACAAUAUGCUGAGUUACUGCUGGGAAAGCCGCUGGACCGUGAGGAAGAAGCUGAUCACAAUCUGGUACUCACUGCAUAUGACGGGGGAAAUCCUGUCAGGUCUGGGACUGUGCAGAUUCAUGUGAUGGUUCUGGAUGCUAAUGACAACCCACCAGUAUUUAGCCAACAUAUCUAUGAAGUGAACCUUAGAGAAGAUACAUCUAUAGGAACCACAGCGGUUACAUUAAAAGCCACCGACCUGGAUGAAGGGAUAAACAAGGAAUUGAAGUAUUCAUUCAUUAAAAUCACAGCAAAAGCUUCUCAAAUUUUCCACCUAGAUUCUAACACAGGAGAAAUAACUCUUGCCGAAAACUUAGACUAUGAAGACUCUACACGAUAUGAAAUGGAAGCCCAGGUCCAUGAUGGUGGAGAGCUGUUUGACCAGUCAAAAGUUAUAAUAUUUGUAACUGAUGUAAAUGAUAAUGCACCAGAACUUAUGAUAACUUCCAUCAUCAACUCAGUCCCCGAGAAUUCGCCACCAGGGACUGCAAUAGCUCUUUUGAAGGUGCAAGAUCAGGACUCAGCCAAGAAUGCAGAAGUGAUGUGUUCUGUUCCCAGUAACUUCCCUUUCCAACUGAUGAAAUCCUAUGGUAGUUACUACAGUUUGGUCACCAACAGAGCCUUGGACCGGGAACAGGUGAUGGCCUACAACAUCACGGUCACAGCCACAGACCAUGGGACACCCUCACUUUCUACUUCCCUCAUCAUUCCACUCCAAAUUUUAGACAUAAAUGACAACCCUCCCCUCUUCCGCCAGUCAUCCUACGUCUCCUACCUCUUGGAGAAUAACCAAAGAGGUGCUUCUGUCUUUUCACUCAAGGCAGAUGAUCCAGACUGGGGGGAGAACUCCAGAAUAACAUAUUCUAUUAUAAAAAGUCAGAUGGCUGAUUUCCCCCUUUCAUCCUUCCUCUCCAUUAAUUCUGAAACUGGGAUUAUUUAUGCCUUGAGCUCCUUUGAUUAUGAAGAGUUCCGAGAGAUUCACUUCCAGGUCAAGGCCCAAGAUGGAGGCUCCCCACCACUCAGCUCCAGUGUCUCAGUGACUCUCUUCAUCCUUGAUCAGAAUGACAAUGCCCCAGAAAUAUUGUACCCUUCCCCUCCCACUGAUGGGUCCACUGGAGUAGAGCUGGCACCACGCUCCUCUGAGCCAGGCUACCUGGUCACGAAGGUGGUGGCCGUGGAUGCAGACUCUGGCCAGAAUGCCUGGCUCUCCUAUCAGCUGCUGAAGGCCACAGAGCCAGGGCUCUUCACCAUAGGGCUCCACACUGGAGAGAUCCGGACGGCCCGCCCCUUUCUGGACAAGGACGCUCUCAAGCAAAGCCUGGUGGUUUUGGUGAAGGACAAUGGGCAGCCCCCUCUCUCUGCCUCAGUCACGGUCACCGUGGUGCUGGCCGACAGCAUCCCUGAGGUACUGACUGACCUGAGCAGUGUCUCCGCCCCUGCAGACCCCCAGUCGGACCUCACCUUCUACCUGGUGGUUGCUUUGGCUUUCGUCUCCUGCUUGUUUUUCACCUUCCUCCUUGUGUUGCUGGCACUCAGACUUCGCAGGUGGAGAAAUUCCCGGCUGUGUGAUUCUGGGAGCUUGAAUUUCACUGAAGUCCCAGUUUCACAGUUUGUAGGAAUCAGUGGUGCCCAAGCUUUUCUUCACUCGUGCUGUCAUGACUUUUCUCUCACCACGGACUCUCAGAAGAGCAAUUUAGGUUUUCCAAAGGGUAACUCCCCUAGCAGCCCUGUGAAAUAA